UCGUAACGAUUCCCUCGCUCCGAUCCCGACCAGUCGAAAGCCAGUUCAUCAAAAUUCCGUACGAUGCGUGCACUCCGGUUCUGGCUGGCUUUGGCCCUCCAACUCACGGCGUGUAGCAGCCAGUAUAAAUAUGGGCCAGAGCUGUCCUGGGACCUGCACUCCACCUCUGAGCUAAAGAGCAAGGAGUUUUGGUUCCACGAUGCCCAACGAUGCCUCUACGAGAAGCUCUCUACACCGCCCAACCAGUACAAGGCCAAGAACGUGAUCUUCUUCCUGGGAGACGGUAUGUCCGUGCCCACUGUGACCGCCGGCAGGAUCUACGAAGGACAACUGCGCGGGGUGGUGGGCGAACGGAAUCAACUGGAAUUCGAGAAGUUCAACUAUGUGGGCCUCUCAAAGACCUAUUGCGUCAAUAAACAGGUGUCCGACUCUGCCUGCACAUCCUCGGCCUAUUUGUCCGGGAUCAAGGCCAACUACCUGACCAUCGGGGUGACCGCCGAUGUGGAGUUGAACGACUGCAAGGCCUCCCGGCUGCCACAGAAUCGACUGUCCUCCAUCGCCGCGUGGGCGCUUCGGGGCAGAAAGUCGGCCGGAUUGGUGACCACAACGCGAGUGACCCACGCCAGCCCGGCGGGAGUGUAUGCCCACACCUCCAACCGCGACUUUGAGAGCGACUACGAUGUCACCAAAUUGGGGCAGAAUCCGGGCAAUUGUCCGGAUAUUGCCCAGCAAUUGGUGGACGGAGAGGUGGGCAAGCGAUUGCGGGUGGUGAUGGGUGGUGGAACCAUCAAGUUCCUGCCCAACACAACCACCGAUGCGUACGGAAACAGAGGUCAGCGCUUGGAUAACAGGGACCUCAUCGAGGAGUGGCAACAGACCAAGCCCGGUAACGCCCGGGUGGUGUUCAAUCGCACGGACCUUCUGGACAAUGAUGCCCAGAGCACCGACUUUCUGCUCGGCCUUUUCAAUGCCUCUCAUCUGGCCUAUCACCUGGACGACAGCGUGGACACUCCCACGCUUCCCGAGAUGACGGAGGCGGCUAUUAACGUCCUCUCCCGGGAUCCGAAUGGGUAUUUCCUCUUCGUGGAAGGCGGUCGGAUCGAUCAUGCCCACCACGAGACCAAGGCGAAAAAGGCUCUGGAUGAAACCGUCCAGUUUUCGGAGGCUGUGAGAAUGGCGCGACAACUCACGAAUCCCUGGGACACGCUGAUCGUGGUGAGUGCGGAUCACGGCCACACGGUCACGAUCAGCGGAUAUCCGGACGUAAAUAACAGCAUCGUGGGCCUCAACUCGGAGCUGAGUAAUGUGGACCAGUUGCCCUACACGUCCAUCUCGUACGCCAAUGGACCCAAAUACGAUAGAUUCUAUAAGUCAACGGAUGGCGAAGUGGAGCGCGUGGAUCUGCGGACCCUGGACUUCUCAAAUCAGGAUGCAAUCUAUCCGCACGGAGUUCCCAUGACCGAGGAGACCCAUGGCGGUGGCGAUGUGGCCGUUUACGCUCAUGGUCCGUGGUCACAUCUCUUCACUGGAGUUUACGAGCAGAGCACUUUGCCUCACCUAAUGGGCUUCGCUUCCUGUCUGGGUCCUGGAAUUACCUACUGCGAUCUCCAGCCCAAGGCGACGUACAAUCCAUAGUUAAUUACUUUAAAAUAGAUAAGAUAAAUGAUAAUAAACAAUUAAAUAUAUAUACAAAAUUUGUAUAAGCCCGAUUCUAUGUAAUGUUUCAUGAUGAAGUAAAUAAUUACUUUAUCUCAAAGGAAUAUUUUGAUAAAUAGAAAAACAGCAAAAUACAA